AUGUCUCAAAUAGCUAAAGAGUCAAUCUCGACUAAACUAAUACGCUCCCAAUCGGCCAUUCAGUUUGUCAAAAGAAAAAAAGUCAAACAGCAACAACAACGAAUGGAGAUAACUGCUGGCAAACGUGUCAGUAUCGCUAAAUACAUUGCCGAACAGCGUAGCAAAGCUCGGGAUAUUGUCCUUUGCAUACAACGAAAGAACAUCAAACUUGUUGCCAUCGAUUUCGACAAUACACUACUAUCUAUCCAUACGAGUGGAUAUUACCAAGGGACAGUCGACAAUUUAAUUGAAUAUAUCCGUUCGACGUUUUAUUAUUUCAUUCAAGAGAUACUUAAUUCAUCUGCAUUCGGUCAAACACUUCACAUUUGUAUAGUGACCUUUUCAUCCCAAGAACAAUUGAUACGUCAAUUACUUGAAUUGGCAUUCAAAACACCAAAGACCGAUCGGAUUAUCAUUCGAGGAAAUACACCGAAAUUCUUGUCAAGUACGAAUGACGAAGGUUUCCUCGGCAAACAAUCACAUUUAUCGUCUGUCGUCACAGAAUUAGCAACACAACGGAAGAAAACAAUCAAACCACAUGAAAUUCUCCUGUUAGAUGAUGACGUACAAAAUAUUCUCAUUGCAGAAAAGUUUGGACAUAAAGUUUUGGAGAUUCGCGAUGGAAUCAACCUUGACAUUUUGAAAGAAUUUGCUUUUAAUGUAUUACCUGAAUGUUAA